AUGAGGAUCACCAAGACCCAACUUGCCGGUGUCGACAAGUACAAGUAUUCUGGAGUCGACAAGUCUAUCGUGUCGAAACAUAUUUUGGGUCCAUUUUGGACAUGGCUAGUGACCUUGUUCCCUACGAGUCUGGCACCAAACACGAUCACCUUUCUCGGGCUAUGCUUUGUAUUCGCCAAUGUGGGCACGUUGCUCAUCUUUGAUCCGACGUAUGAGGGUAAAGAACUUCCUCCUUGGGUCUAUCUCUCAUGGGCAUUUGGCUUAUUCGCUUAUCAGAGCAUGGACGCCAUCGAUGGGAAACAAGCUCGUCGAGUCGGUAUGGCCAGUGCUCUAGGCGAAAUGUUUGAUCACGGAUGUGAUGCCAUCAACACGACUCUUGAAGUGAUUCUUUGCGCGCACGCACUGGGUCUUGGAAGAUCAUGGUGGACCGUCGCUUCUCAAGCUGCCUCAUUGUGUAAUUUCUACGCGUCGACUUGGGAAGAAUAUCAUACGGGAACGCUUUACCUGUCUGCCUUUUCGGGCCCCGUUGAAGGAAUCUUGAUGAUCUGCGUCAUAUACCUCUUGACGGGAUUCCAUCCGCUCGGUCAAGAAUUGUGGAAUAGGCCGAUCUUUUCCCUUGUUCCUGGUGGUUUGGGCUUACAAGCAGCCAGAUGGUUCGACAAGACAGUCGGGGUUCGGGACUCGUUGCGUUUGGAGACGCUCCCCAUCAACGUCGCGUUCAUGUUGUUCGGAGGGCUGGGCACUGUGGGAAAUAUCAUUAACAGUUAUUGGAACGUCUUGAAGCUUCGACAGAAGACUGGUAAACCACUCUUCACUCCUCUUCUAGGGUACCUGCCCUUCCUCGCUCACUCUAUUAUCCUCAUCGCUUGGCUUCAGGCUGAGUUGAGAGGAGGUGUUCAGCUCGUCCACGAUGCGAGAUUAUUGCCUUUCUUGGGGUACUGGGGAUUGAGCUUUUCUUACCAAGUCUCGCAACUCAUCCUCGCGCACGUCACCAAAUCUCCGUUCCCUUACUGGAAUGGUAUGAUGGUCUACUCUCUGUUCGGCGCAGUGGAUGCCAACUCGCAAUGGCUCUUGGGACGUGAACCCCUGGUUCAAGCUUCACCCGUCGCUGCCAAUGUCUUUAUCUGCAUGUCCUUCAUCGUCGCACUGUUCAACUACGUGCGAUUCGCACGUGAAGUCAUCUGGCAAAUCUGUGAACACACCGGUAUCGCAUGCUUUACUGUCAGACACAAAGACGCAAAUGGCAAUUGGGUAGAGAAUGAUGAGCAGAAGAAGACAAACUGA